CGAAAACAUCCGAUAGCAAAUCGAAAGUUUCCGAUGCUGCACAAAUUGCUAACUCGGACUCAAAAAAUUCAAGAACGUCGAUAGCCGGCAAGGGAAAGAAUAGUUUCAACACGGGGUCCAGAUCGAGAUCAGAUUCAAAGACAAGUUCUGUUCAAAGCAUUGCGAAGCCUGAGGUUACAAGACGGAGUAGUCUGUCUGUUUCGUUCUCGUCCAAGUUAAAGCAGCUUCCAGAAGUUCAGAAAGAGAGAAGAGAGAGUGUAGGCCGUUUGACGAAGAGGCGAAGCAGCGUAAAGGUCACAAAGAAGGCGAGCAGCAAGGAGAUAAAGCGAAGACGCUCUACUAAAUCAAGUACCGAGGUAGUGGCAAAGGUAGAUUCAAACCGCAAAGUCUCAAAUAUCAGUCUUUCUAAAGCUCAAGGGAAAAGCCGUAAGAAAUCUUUGAAAGAUGUAGUGGCCAACAAAACGAAAUCGAAAGAGAAUACUAAGAGUGAAGACACACAAAUGACGAACGUGGAUGACACGACGAAAACGCGAAUGAAUAACGCGCAAGAAACGCACACGAAUAACGCGCAAGAAACGCACGAGGCUGAUUCGCAAGAAACACGCGUGGAAGACCCACAGAGCACACACCUGGACGAAACGCACGAAACACGCGUGGAAGACACGGACAAGGGAAGCGUGAAGGAACCGCAAGAAACGUGCUUGGUAGAAUCACAGGAAAACUCACAAGAGGUCGCGCAGGAUACACUCGAUACAGAUUCCGAUGAAGCUCGCGUGGAUGACUCGCAAGGGACCCGCGAAGGGGCGGAUGAUGGUAAUUUGAAAUCAGGGUCUGAUCGUGAAGUCGUAGUCCAGGUUUACGUUCCCGACGAAGGUCAGAGUGAUAGCCAUAGUGAUGGUCUGGUAAGCGAGAAUACAUCGCAGGAGUCUAGAGACAAGGUCGAAGUGACGCUGACUGGGAACGAGAAUGACGGGGGAGUAACUAAAAUUGAUUUAAAACCGUGGGAAGACCCGGGGAAGACAGUAAAGAAAACGAGCUCAAGGCGAGCCUUUGGUGAUAAUGUCGUAGAGAAAAACCUGGUGAAUAUUAUACCAAGAAACUCCUUGGAUGUCAUCAAGGGCAUUCAACUCACCCCAGGGGAGUCUAAAGUUUCUGCCAAUAGGUCGUUUCACUCGAAGACAAAUCACCCUCGAGCUCCAACUGCACCAAAGCAGGGACCGCGAGUUUCACGGCGAAACCCCCCGGACGCGAAACCUUUGAAGGUAUCGAACUUUGAGUUACCACCAGAAGGCCAGGGGGGAGUGGGCUUGAAGCCAACGCCGCACGGUAAUAAACCUCAAAUGUCAAUGCAUCGUCUGGCUUCGAAGAUGUCCACGAACUUGGAAAAAGUCGACGAAGGUUCCGCUUUGGAAACAGGACGCCCAAGCGCACCUGACAAAUUCGGCACAGCGUUCAACAUAACUGGCGUGAAAGCAAAGUCUACAUCAAGUGGUCCUGGGACUGAUAAAAUAUGCGAGACACAAUCUUCAGUCGAGAAGACAAAAAGCGAAGACGACAACGUUGAGAAGACAGCUGAAAAGGUGGAUGAAAACGUUGAGAAGAAAGGCAAUGAAAAAACCGAAGCUACGCUAAAGUCCUCGAAUAAGUCCUUGCAGUUAUUAAUGAAAGUUUCCGGAGUUUGCAUCGACUCAACAUCAUUUGCAGGAGUCGUGCAAGGUACACCCAUGCGUGUAGCAAGCGAUGAUGUCGUCGGACAUACGUCAUCAGCAAGCUUGAGAUCGAACUCGUCCCAACCUCUCGUACCUUCGCCUCCAAUCACGUCCAAACCCGACAUGGUCUCGCCACGUAUCUCGCGCAUGAUGUCUCGCAAAACGAGCAAUGGUUCAGGCAACGGUUCGGGCAAUUCACGUGGCUCGUUCGGUUCUGCGAAUGAUAUGUCGCCGACUGCAUCGAUGGAGAUUGUCAAACUAGCUUCCAACUCCUCGCACGGUUGGGUCUCGUCACCAACCUCCUCGGUGAAAUUCCUUCCGCCGAUCGACGCCCGCGCUUCAAAGGCAAGCAACCGAUCUGACGAUUCCGGUACAAAGCGUCGUCCGCGUACCGCCGAGUCAGCGGGUUCUCAGACCGGAAGUGUGGGGUCUGGAUCGAGUUCUAAAUCUCAGGCGAAACCAACGGUCGUGGAAAUUCGACGAUCCGGUUCGGGUGAUCUUCGGAUCGAUGGCUCGAGUUCGGGUCUUGUCGGCGUGAAAUCGACAAGUUCCGCUAGCAGCCCGAAGCAAGCAGUGGUCGGAUUUUAGAAAUGCUCUUAUUUGGUGACACCGUAACAUAUCCGUAUAUAACAUUUCCAAAGUACUUUCUAACGAU